AUGAAAAUCGUUCAUUUCGUGGUCUCUAUCGCCCUAUCAGUGGUUCCACGGGCUCUGGCGGACCCCACCGAAUCCAGCGCGGUAUCUGCUACGCUCACUACUUCUACUGCUGCUGCACCAAGCUGUACAUCUUCGCUCAUCACUAGUCUCUGCAGCUAUCCGGAACCUGGCCCAGAAUUUGCUGUCGCUAUCGACAACAGGGCCGGCUGCUGGGACUACUGUAACGCCCAUCCUCCAUGCAACUUUGUUAUCUUCGCUGCCGGCAACCCUAACACGGGCACCGGCACGUGCUGGCUGUACCCGGAUUGUGGCAAUCCCUACCUGUCCGUCUACCGACAGCCCGUGUGUGCUGGCGGGAGCGCAACCACCACUGCCGGCGCCUGCGCCGCCACUGCGACCCCCUCUGCUAUUGCCUCGGUCUGCGGGUACCCAACGCCUGGAGACUGCUUGUACGAUUGUACUGCUAGUUCAGGUGCAUCGGACUGCUUGAGUCAAUGUGCAAAGGCCGAUUCCUGCAGCUAUGUCGUCUUUAAUCCGCAUGGUCCAAGCAACUCGCCGUAUGCCUCGGGAUCUUGCUGGAUCUAUUCCAACGGCACCUUUGACGCUGGGUCUGCCACCGCCUGUAGUGGCGAUGCGGAGCAGCUUGUGUACAACAACUUGUGCCCCAAGCCAUCUACUUCAUCGUCCUCCCUUUCAUCAUCCUCCACGGAACGCUCUAGUGGCACUGCAACUGCAGGAGUUACUCCGGACUCAACUACUGGCGCUGCUGCGGCCUCAACUACUAGCAGCCAGAAUUCUGCGCCAGCCCGCCUCUUGCUUACCAAUCCACUGGCCAUCGGCGUGGCUACAUUAAUAUGGCGGGCGCUUUAA